GCUAUUUAUAUGUGAUCAGGCCUGAAUCUAAACUAGUUGAAAAAAUUGUCAUCGAUGUUCGCAAGAAAAUAAAUCAAUCGUUUCUAAGUGUUUACGAUAAUGAGGGCCUUUUUGGAAUUGAUUCUCGUGUGAAGGAAGUUGAAUCAAUGUUAUGUCUUGAAUCUGAAGAUGUGCGUAUGGUAGGAAUUUGGGGAAUGCCUGGUAUCGGGGAAGAUGAAGAGCGUGUAAAAAAUAUAUUAGAUUGUUGUGGGUUUUUUCCAGAAAUUGGAAUAAGUUGUCUGCUUGAUAAGUGUCUCGUAACUACUACCUGGAAUGAGAAGUUACAGAUGCAUGACUUGCUACAACAAAUGGGUAAGGAUAUUGUUUGCGAGGAAAAAAAGCCUAGAAAGCGUAGCAGGUUGUGGAAUGCCAAGGAUAUAUGUGACAUACUGACAAAAGAAAAAGUGGCUGAAAGUGUUGAAGCCAUAUCACUGGACUUGUCCAAAAUUAGAAAGACGGAACUAUAUCCUUCUGCCUUUGAGAAAUUUGAUAAGCUUAGAUUGCUCAAAUUUUACAAUCCUUGCUCUGAGGAAAUCAAGUUACAUCUUCCUAAAGGCCUGAAAUUUCUUUCAAAUGAGCUCAGGUUUCUCUACUGGGAUCAAUACCCUUUGAAAUACUUGCCAUCAAAAUUUUGCCCUGAGAAUCUUGUUGAAUUGCACAUGCAGAGUAGCCAACUCAAACAACUUGGGAACAAAGAUGCCCCGUGUUUUGAAAACUUGAAAUUUAUGGACCUCAGCAACUCGAAACAAUUGAUCAGAAUUCCAGACCUGUCGAAAUUCCCAAAACUUGAGGUUAUAAUUUUGAGAGGCUGUACUAGUUUGGUUGAAGUUUCUUCGUCUACUAAGUAUCAUGGCAAGAUUAUAGAUCUAGAUCUUGGAAAAUGCUCAAAGCUAGCUAGUCUUCCAAACAGCAUAUGCAAUCUGAAAUCUCUAAAGGAGCUAGACUUCACAGAUUGUGUGAAUCUCCAUGGAUUGCCAGAGAACUUGGGGGACUUGGAAUCUCUGGUGGUCCUGAGAGCAACUAGAAGUGGUAUAAAAAAACUACCAUCUUCUAUCAAUCAGUUGAAGAAAUUAAAUAACUUGGACUGUGAAGGAUGUGAAGGUUUGAUAUUGCCUCCUUUCACAGGUUUGGCCCGUCUUUGGAGGCUUUCUCUCAAGGGUUGUGGUAUAUUGGAAAUUCCUAGUAAUCUUGGCUCUUUAGGGUCAUUGGUAUAUUUACAUUUAAGUGGAAAUAAUUUCAGAAGUAUACCUACAAGCAUCAAGCAAUGUUCUAUGUUGACGUCACUUGAUUUAAGAGAUUGCAAGAGGCUUCAAUUUUUGCCAGAGCUUCCAUCAGGUCUAGUGAGGUUAUUUGCAGAAAACUGCACAUCUCUGGAAUCUGUAUCGAGCUCAUUCAUACAAGGAUAUAUGAAUUCCUGUCUGAGGAUGGAUCUUAGCAAAUGCAUUAAAUUGGAUCAGAGUGCAUGCAGUCAAUUAAUGGAAUGUCUACUGCUGAAACUUCAAAGCAUUGGACAACCAGAGGAACAAUGUCUGGACAAAGAGGCUGAUGCAACGAAUUUUUGUUGGUCAGAUUUGUUAUGCAUCCCGGGAAGUGAAAUGCCAGAAUGGAUGAUGUACAAAAAUGAUAAUGGAUCUUCAUUGUCAUUCUCUCUCACAACACAUUCCCAUGCUUCCGACUUCAUCAAGAUCGCUUUUUGUGCUCUAGUUGAAGCUAAUUGUUCAAAUUUCAUCUUGGAUGGUAUUUCUAUUUCAUGCGAAGGCCGCUUCGUAACUGAGUCUGGAGAUAGCCUCGAAAUGUAUUCUAAUUGCCCAUUGAAUCUCAUCCCCAAAAUACAUUAUAUCUCCCUCUGGUAUUGCGCCAUUCGUUUCAAUUCCAAGAAAAUCCGUAUUAGAGAGGCCUCAUUUCAAUUCUUCAUACCUGGGGGUGAAGUCCACAAGUGUGGAGUCCAUCUAAUGUUUGAUCAUAACUUGGAACAUGAUAAUGUUGAUGAUGAUAGCAAAAGAAUGUCAUUACCGGUGUUGGAUUAUCGUCAGGCCAUGAAGCAAGGGUUGUUCUUUACUCAGUUUCUUGUUGCUGAGGAUGAUCCUGAACAAUAUCCCCUUCAAAGAUUGAAAGAGAGGCAUGAGUUUAAAGUUGUUGAUUUAAAUUUCUCACUAUCUUUCUUGUUCACCUUAGUUAUCUGCCUGGCUGCUACUUCAGAUCAAACCAAAGCCCAACCGACACAAAUGAUCUUUACUUUGAUGCUCAUAUACGUGUGUAUGUGGCUGCUUUCCUUCAACUCUUCUCUAUCUCUUCAUGGAAUGCCCAACUAAACUUGUUUCUGUUAAUUAUUGUCUUUAUUUUUUGUUUAAAUUGAGAUAUAUGAAAUUAUAAAUUACAACGCUAUUAAACUAACUCUGUUAUUGCUAGAUGUAUAUUUUUAAUAUACAGUACAGAUUUUCCAAA